AAGAGAGAGAGAGAGCGGGAGGGGAGAAAGUGUUGUAUGUGCGUUGUGUAGUGUCAGAAAGCACACAUUGCUGCAGGAAACCCGGAGGGACAGUGUACUGAGAACAGCGGGGGCCCACGUUUUAUUAAGGCUGCUCAUCGCAGACAGAAGCGUCACAUUGCAAGUACUGUACUGUACUGUACAUCUCGAGGCGGCGGGGCGGAAUGAGGGCAUCCCCUCGCGCAUUGUUCCAUCGGGGCUGGAGGCACGAGGACACCCGUGACCCAGCAGCAGUGCCUCUGUGACAUCGCUGCGGGACGGACCGGACCGGACCGGACCGGACAGGAUGCCGGAUCAGAUCUCCGUGUCCGAGUUCCUAUCGGAGACCACUGAGGACUACAACUCGCCCACGACGUCGAGCUUCACGACGCGCCUGCAGAGCUGCAGGAACACGGUGAACGUACUGGAGGAGGCACUUGAUCAAGACCGGACAGCACUGCAGAAAGUGAAGAAGUCUGUCAAGGCAGUUUACAAUUCAGGCCAAGACCACGUCCAGAAUGAGGAAAACUACGCACAAGCACUGGAUAAGUUUGGCAGCAACUUCAUCAGCCGGGACAACCCUGACCUGGGCACGGCCUUCGUCAAGUUCUCCACGCUCACCAAGGAGCUGUCUGCUCUUCUCAAAAAUUUGCUCCAGAGCCUGAGCCACAAUGUGAUCUUCACCUUGGACUCCCUGCUGAAAGGAGAUCUGAAAGGAGUCAAAGGGGACCUAAAAAAACCUUUUGACAAAGCGUGGAAGGAUUAUGAAGCCAAGUUUACGAAGAUUGAGAAGGAGAAGCGGGAACACGCCAAGCAGCACGGCAUGAUUCGCACAGAGAUCACGGGUGCGGAGAUCGCAGAGGAGAUGGAGAAGGAACGGAGGCUGUUCCAGCUGCAGAUGUGUGAGUAUUUGAUCAAAGUAAAUGAGAUCAAGACUAAGAAGGGAGUGGACCUUCUUCAGAACCUAAUAAAGUAUUACCACGCACAAUGCAACUUUUUCCAAGACGGUUUGAAAACUGCCGACAAGCUGAAGCAGUACAUUGAAAAGCUGGCGGCAGAUCUCUAUAAUAUAAAACAAACACAGGAUGAGGAGAAGAAGCAGUUGACUGCCCUGCGGGACCUCAUCAAGUCCUCUCUGCAGCUCGACCAGAAGGAGUCCAGGAGAGACUCCCAGAGCAAGCAGGGUGGGUACAGCAUGCACCAGCUCCAGGGAAACAAAGAGUUUGGUAGUGAGAAGAAGGGUUAUUUGUUGAAGAAAAGUGAUGGGUUGAGGAAAGUGUGGCAGCGGAGGAGAUGUUCAGUGAAGGGUGGCAUCCUUACCAUCUCUCAUGCUACGUCCAACAGGCAGCCGGUGAAACUCAAUUUGCUCACCUGCCAGGUGAAACCUAGCACUGAGGACAAGAAGUGCUUUGAUCUCAUCUCCCAUAAUCGAACGUAUCACUUCCAAGCUGAAGACGAGCAAGAGUUUGUGAUCUGGAUCUCGGUGCUCACGAACAGCAAGGAAGAGGCCCUCAACAUGGCCUUUCGUGGGGAGCAGAGUGCUGGUGAGGAUGGCCUGGACGACCUCACCAAGGCCAUCAUCGAUGACAUGCAGCGCAUGCCCGGCAACGAGGUGUGCUGCGACUGCGGCGCUCCAGAGCCAAAGUGGCUGUCCACAAACUUGGGCAUCCUGACCUGUAUCGAAUGCUCGGGCAUCCACAGGGAGAUGGGUGUGCACGUCUCGCGCAUCCAGUCCCUGGAGCUCGAUAAACUCGGAACUUCUGAACUCUUGCUGGCCAAGAAUGUAGGAAACAGUAGUUUUAAUGAAAUUAUGGAAGGGAACCUUCCUUGUCCAUCACCAAAGCCAUAUCCAUCAAGUGAUAUGACAGCACGAAAGGAGUUCAUCAACGCCAAGUAUGUCGACCACAAGUUUGUGCGCAAGACCUGCUCUUCAGCAGCCGCCAAGAUGAGCGAGCUGUUUGAAGCAGUUCGAUCCCGUGACCUGCUGGCGCUGAUCCAGGUCUACGCCGAGGGUGUGGAACUGAUGGAGCCGUUGCCAGAGACAGGCCAGGAGGCAGGAGAGACCGCGCUCCACUAUUCCGUGCGAACAGCCGAUCAGACCUCGCUUCAUCUUGUCGACUUCCUCGUACAGAACAGUGGCAAUCUGGACAAGCAGACGGAGAGGGGGAACACAGCACUGCACUACUGCUGUCUCUACGAGAAGCACGAGUGCCUCAAACUGCUCUUGAGAGGCAAGCCUGCAACUGACAUCGCCAAUCAGAAUGGGGAAAGCGCCCUGGAUAUUGCAAGACGACUGAGGAUAAAGCAGUGUGAAGAAGCUCUGGUUCAGGCAUCCUCUGGGAAGUUCAACCCCCACGUUCACGUGGAAUAUGACUGGAACCUGCGUCUGGAGGAGAUUGAUGAAAGCGACGAUGACCUGGAUGACAAGCCCAGCCCCAUUAAAAAGGAGCGCUCGCCACGACCUCAGAGCUUCUGCCACUCAUCUAGCCUGUCCCCCCAGGAGAAGCUUUCCGUCCCUAGCUUCGUUGGCCAUCGCGACAGGCAGCGACUCUCCUACAGCUCUUUCAGCAACCAGGUGUACGGCACUUCGACUGAGUCACCCACCUCUCCCGUUGCAGAUGGCCCUCCCCUGCCUCCUCGGAAUGUUGGCAAAGCUCCAACCUCCGGCCCUCCCUCCACCCUCCCUCUGAGCUCACAGCCUCCUGGGGGCAGCUCCACCUUGUCCAAGAAGAGGCCUCCACCCCCUCCCCCCAACCACAAACGCACCCUGUCUGACCCACCCAGCCCUCUACAGAGUAAAGAUGGGAUAACCUGGGGGAAUGACUCAGCUCCACCUUCUUUGAACAAGACAUCGCCUUCAUUGAACAAGUUUGAAGGCAUUCUGCAGCCACAAAGUUCUACUUCAGGUACCACAAAGUCUACGCUUGGUCCAAGAGUUCUCCCCAAGCUACCUCCAAAAGUGGCCCUACGGAAAACAGACACCAUCCACCACCCCUCCACAGAAAAAAGCAACCAACCUCCAGAAGUGUUUCAGAAAUCACUGCAACCAUCAGAGUUGCCCCAGAAAGCUCUGUUGCUUGAGAAACCACAACUGGCAGAUCUUCCUCCUAAGCCCCAGAUCUCAGACUUGCCCCCCAAGCCUGGAGAACUGCCCCCUAAGCCACUGCUUACAGACCUUCCCCCUAAACCUCAGCUUGGAGACUUACCACCCAAGCCCCACAUCAAGGACCUCCCUCCAAAGCCCCAACUCUCUGACAUCCCCAUGAAGCCCAUCAUGACAGACCUUGCUUUGAAGCCACCUUCAGAAGACGUAGUGAGCAAAGGACAGUCCCCAGACUCACUGGCCCCCAGCCAGCAGGGAGAAGCUGUGCCAAGACAACCGAGCGAGGACACCAAUGGCACUCUGGCCAGUGCCUCUGAGAUGCCUGUUCCUCUGCCCCGAAAGAUAAACACAAGUAAGGCCAAAGUACGGCGGGUGAAAACCAUUUACGACUGCCAGGCUGACAACGAUGAUGAACUCACUUUUGUUGAGGGGGAGGUUAUCGUUGUCACAGGAGAGGAAGAUCAGGAGUGGUGGAUUGGACACAUUGAAGGGCAACCAGAGAGGAAGGGCGUCUUCCCCAUGUCCUUUGUGCACAUUCUGUCUGACUGACAGUGGGACAGAGAGGUGGGAAACCCCACUCUCCAGGUUCUGUCCCUCAGUGGCCUCCUGUAAGACUGAUGGAAACACCUCUGUACAUAGCCAUUGUUAAGCUAAACUGUUUACUCACCUAAGCAUAGAUGUACAGUAUGUUUAUAUUGUAAAUAAACAUCCUGCAUUUACCAGUAUUAACAGCCUUCAAAAUUGGUUCUCCAUGUUAGGUUUCUGGUAGUAAUCCUGAAAAUUGAGCACUUAACAUCUGUGUUUGUUACUAUUUAAGUGUGUGGUAUAUGUACACAUCUUUCUAUAUAGACAUUUAUGUACAUGCAUCUGUAUAUAUUGUGUGCUGCCUGCUGCUUCAGCUUAAGGCAGUUGACUAGCUUGUGUAUCAUUCAUCUCAUGUAUCCCUGGAAAUACUGUAUAUUCAGGAAGAAACACCCUAGUUAUAGGAAUUUAAUCAGCUUUCAGAUCCAUUUUGAGAAUACUGGACUGAAAAACCAUAAAGCUAUGACAAGUGACUGAAUACCACUGAACUAAUA